AUGGAGGAAGAUCCAAAGGACCACGACUUCGACCAGCGGCACGAUGGCCCUAUCCAGCCAGCCCAGCCGCGGCCUUCCGUGCAGAUACAGACCGACAUGCCCAGGAGAACGGUCUCAGAUCAAGACCACAACACGUCGAAGAAGAGCAAGUCGCAACCAGACGCUUUCUCGCCGAUGACUGCGCCCCCUGAGCGGAGAAGCAUGCAGCUCGAUCGGAGUGAAAGACGCAGCACGCAGAUAUCUCGAAGUGGCACGUGGGGACGUCAGAGUCGGGACUUUGAUCAAAGAAGAGAUGGACCAUUUGGAAGACCGUCACUCACUAUGACGAGACGGAGGAGCUCGCAGAUGUCCAUGGGUGUGGCUUCGCCGGACAGAGCACCUACAAUGCCUGUUGAGGAUGAUUCGGCCGUGGUCGAUUCUGAUAAUAACAGAGAUGAUGGACCGCCACCCAGCGACCAGGUCCCGCCGAGCGUUGAGACGAUGCAGUCAAGCGACCAUGCGUUCGAACCGGAGCCGCCGCCUCUGAAUUACUCUCUCAUCUCGCGAAAGUGGAGCAUCCUCUGGUUCUGGUCAUUGAUCCUCAUCGACAGUAUUGCUAUGCCUAUAGUGCUAUACUUCUGCCUCUGGUACUACACGGAUCUUUCGCCAAACACGGUGUUCUCGAUUGUCACGGCUGCACUCGGCGGGAUUAGUAUCUUCGAAUACUUCAUCCGAUUCUACCGGCUGUGGAAGAAGGGCAGCACAUGCCGUGUCAUUGGAGCACGUAGGAUGUACUUGGACUGGUUUCAUUGGAACUUUACGCUGGCAUGGGUCAUCAUUAUGAUUGAACUCAUUGUCGGUACGGUCCCCGAACACCCACCCAUUCGCCUCGUCGCCAUGCCCCUCGCCAGCAUGGUCUACACCUUCGGCACCGAACUCAUGAUCAUCGACAUCAUGCGCUACUUCCAAAUGCCUGCCCCCUGCCGCAUUUCCUCCAUCCCCAAAGGUGCCCAGCUGCGUCCAGGAAUCUACAGUAUCAUCGAGGACGUCAUCGCCGUCGACGGAUCUGGUGGCACCGAGUACCGCGAAGCGCUCAACCGACGCUACGAAGCUAGCCACAUCUUCCGCGCCAUGUUGCGGAGAUUGGGCAUGUACUGGGCAGUUGGUGCGCAAGGGUGCGCGGUUUUGACUACGAUUCUCAUCUUUACGUUGAGCGAGGACGCCGCGUACUCUGUCGGCUGGAGCUUGCCGUUUGUGUGGGCGGGCUUCUGGACGAUUGGCACGUUUUGGUAUGUCAACAGGAAGUUGAAGGAGGAGAAGAAGGCGUGGCAGGAGGAGGUGGCGGUGAGGAUGGAAGAGGGGAAAGUGCCGGCGGUGGCUGCGUGA